GCCUGCUCAAGACAUGAAGAUUUUACAGGCGCUCCUUCAAAUUUUGUUCAUAGCUUUGAGUAUUAUUCAAGGGAAAUAACUCGUUUCGUCGCUCACACGCGAGUUGACUCGCUAGUUCACUCCACGCUUUCCGUUCCAAAAUCUUUCAUCAGACACCAUGGCCGGGGUAUUCAGAAAGUCAUUGCUGUCAUCGGCGAAACUGAUCGGGCGUCAACUCGUUACAUCAAAUGCAAUAUGUGCAUCGAGGACGUCUAUGCCUGUCACGCUGUCGUCUCCGAGCCUUAGAAAUUUCAGCAUGCUCAAUCCCUCACGUGCUCUGGCCGGAGCUGGACUGCGGUCAAACACGUGCGGAUGUUGUGGGCUGCACACGGAAGUUGACAAAGAAUUGUCAACGUUCCUGGACAAGGAAAUCAAGUUCGAAGAAUCCACCAGCAAGUCAAAGGCUGGUCUCCCGAAGAUCCCGGGAUUCGAGGUCUCCGCUGAUGAAUCCCAAGUUACCCUCACCCGCAAAGGGGAUGUGAGCUUGAAGGUGACCUUCAACAUUAACGGGUCGGCAGACUCGGACCAGAUGCCACAGGUCGGGGACACGCCUCCGACUGACGAAGAUGUGCAGAUGAUAUCGAAGCCUCCCUUCACUGUGGAGCUCGACAAGGGGUCCGGGGAGGUGCUGGCGUUCCAAUGUGCGUUCUCCCCCUCGGAGGACAUGGAGCAGGAGUCCGGGGAACAAGGAGCUGAAGCAAUCGUUGACCAGUUUGAGAUCCAGGAGGUGUCCAUCCAUCAAGGAGACUGGAAGGAGACGGUGUACACGCUGCCUGCAGAGACCAUGGAUGGGAACCUGUACGACCUGUUGAUGGACAUGCUGGACGAGCGUGGCAUCAACGAUGAGUUCAUCAACAACUUUGUUGAGUUCAGCACUGCCUACGAACACGGGAAGUACCUCGGGUUUCUCAAGAACCUGAAGUCUUUUGUUGAGAAGUAAAAUCUUAAUGUGAGGAUGCCCCAGAGGAGCAUUUAUGUGUUGUACACAGACUGUGUGGAGAGACUGUACAGAGAUGUGAGGCCUGUGUGACCUGUGUGAAGGUGGUACGUCCAACCUAUUCCAACACAGACUACAGAGGUCGUUGUGUUCAUCUUCAUCAGUGUUUGUGCUAAAAACUCCACAGUGACGUCUUCACUUGCAGGAAGAAUUGAUAUAUACUACUCAAAAGAAGUUAAAGAGUAUUACUAUUACAGAUUAACCGUAGUCAUAUGGAAAAAAUCGGGAUUUCUAUAACUUUGAGUUGUAUAUAUUACCAUAGCAACACGGAUAUUGGGGAAAUUAGUUUUGGUAGGUUUGCUGAGAAAUAUUAUUUUUAUUACGUUUUCAUAGCCUAACUACCGGUAUAUCUUAAUUUUAAUAAUUCCUUUGUUUUUUUUGUGAAGUUGCCCUCCAUAGCUACAUUGACUUGAUUAUUUACAGGCCACUGUCAUUCAGCUGGAAUAUUCCUGAGUGUGGUGUUAAGCAUCAAAGAAACAUUGAUGCAAAAAGUUUAUGCGUUUCGCUAACUGAGUUUGUUAUCAAGUUUAUUAGAUCAUCAACUUUUCAUUUUCCUGCUCACAAAACUAUAGGUAAUGUAUGGAUUAAUUUCUCUCUGAAAAUAAUUUGUAACACCAUUAUUUAAUGUCAUCAACAUCAAUUGACUCUCGACAUAUUCUGUAAGCAUUUUCACACUAGUUUGACUAUCUCAUUGUUAUUGCACAGAGAUCUUGUAGAUUUCCUGAUCAUUUAGCUUCGAUCUACAUUUCUUGGGCCUUGUAAAGGUGUUUUGUCAUCCAAUACUGGAUUACCUGAUGAAACAAUUAUUGCCAUGUCUUGGGGAUUCUGGAUUCUGGAUUGAAAUUGGUCCCUCAUAGCCAAUGCUGGUAGUAAGAGGUGACUUGAUGGAGCAUAAUGUCAAUCACUGGAUUGUCUGGACCAGGCCCAGGCAACUGUCAUAUAGCUAGACUAUUGCCAAGUGCCGCUUGCACAAGAUUCUAAACAAACUUUCGUAUUCUGAUUCAGAGCCAAUAGAUCACAUGUAUGACAUUUUAUUUCACGUUCCUUCAUAAAUCAUUAAUCAAAAAUCACGUAUUUGAACAUGUGGAGAGGAUUAUGUAAUAACUGGCCCCAUCAUUUGAAUAGUUUACCCUGAGUGUGUGUGUGUGUGUAGACAGUGCUUGAGAGUUUCCUACCUAAAGCUGACAUGUUGACUUUCUCAUGAGAUAUUUCUACCAAUAUGUGGUAGAAGGUAAAUGCCUUGAAAGGAGGUGGCGAAUCAUCUUCCCGAGUUAAGGGAGUUAACUGAGUAAAAAAGUCCAGUUUCUACCCUUGCCGAACUAGGCUGAAUUUAUGGUGUCAUUAUUUGGCUGGACUAACGAGUCUAUAUAUAGUCUAAUCAAAAUCACGGAAUGAAAUAUAAAUUCGGUUCAUGAACAACAUAGCGACUGCAAUGUCAAUUGCAAAUCCUGUCAAAAUAGUGUCGACAGAUGUUUUCCAAAUCUUUUCAUGUCUCUAAUCAAGGUGCUCACGUGAUUUGAUGUAAGACCAAUUAUAUUACAAAAAAGACCUUGCUUAUAGAUGAGAUUGUUUUGACUGGGUGCCGCCAUUUUAUUUGAAUCAAAUGCAAGUGAUAUGAGAGGGGGGAUCUGAUUGGUCAAUAGGAGGGACAUAACCGGUAAGUCCACUGUUGGCGCUAUGAUCCAGCCCAGAAAUUCCAGCCUAGUUCAGCAAGGGGGGAAAUGGACUUUUACAGUCGGUUAACUCCCUUGCCUCGGGAAGAUGGCGGCAAAUGGAUGCAGGGAAUUUGUCAGGAUGAAUGAUGAUAAAAUGCACCAGAUGAUCAAGGUUGCUUUAAAAAAAUAUUAGUCGUUGUUUUGUUUUUCAAAUGAGAAACAGUCAGCUAAGUUUACACACUGAUAUUCCGGUUGAGAGAGAAGUGUCCACCUUUGAUCCUUGUAUCAAGUCAUUGGAGGAUUUAUUCUACUGCCCAGGUUGUCACUCAGGAAGCUUGUUUGAUCUGAUAAUGAGUGACCUUGAGAUGGAGACCGGUACCCUCCCUGAGUGAAUGUAGGUGAGAGACAAUUUAGAUGAAUAUAUAGCAGGUAUGCAUGUGUGUGAUCAAUUAGCCAGAUAUAUACAAAUAAAAAGGUGAAAUACUAA